AUGUCUGUCUUCAAUAGCUCUGUCUUACACCCCCACUUCCUCCUAACAGGCCUCUCAGGCCUUGAAAACACAUAUGGCUUGAUUUCCCUCCCUAUCUUCUUGGUUUACACCAUCUCAAUUGCAGGCAACAUUACCAUCCUCUUUACCAUCAGAACUGAGCCUUCCCUUCAUCAACCAAUGUACUACUUUUUGUCAAUGCUGGCACUCACCGAUCUGGGCCUAUCAACUACUACCUUUCCGACCAUGUUCAGUGUCUUCUGGUUCCAUGCCCGUGAGAUCACGUUCAAUGCCUGUCUGGUCCAAAUGUACUUCAUCCACUUUUUCUCCAUUAUUGAGUCAGCUGUGCUUUUGGCCAUGGCCUUUGAUCGUUUUGUUGCAAUCCGUGAGCCCUUGCACUAUGCUGCCAUUCUAACAAAUCGUGUAAUCAUUGGGAUUGGGUUGGCAAUUGCUGGAAGGGCCCUGGCUCUGGUCUUUCCAGGUCCCUUCCUCCUCAAAAAGCUUCAAUAUCAUGCUGUCAAUAUUCUCUCCUAUCCCUUCUGCCUCCACCAGGACCUUAUAAAGACAAGUGUAUCCAGCCAUCAAAUCAGCAGCAUCUAUGGCCUCAUGGUGGUCAUCUGCUCCAUGGGACUUGAUUCAGUUCUCCUCCUUCUCUCCUAUCUCCUCAUUCUUGGCACAGUGUUGGGUAUAGCCUCCAAGGCAGAGAGGGUCAAAGCCCUCAAUACCUGCAUCUCCCAUAUCUGUGCUGUACUUACCUUCUAUACACCAAUGAUUGGGCUAUCUAUGAUCCGUCGCUAUGGACAGAAUGCUUCCCCAAUUGUUCAUGUGCUCAUGGCCAAUGUCUACUUGUUGGUCCCACCCCUAAUGAACCCCAUUGUCUAUAGUGUCAAGACCAAGCAGAUUCAUGACAGAAUCCUCAAGAAAUUCAAGAAACAGCAAGUUUAG